GGGCUGGCUUGGCUAGCAGAGGGGAUCCAGUGUGCAGAGGGGACUGACCGGCAAGGCAGAGGAGCGGAAACUUUCAGGGAUUUUGAAAGAAGGCGGCGGCGACGCGCCACACUUCCAGGGUGAGCCUGCUGGUGGUCACGGGCUAGGUGUCCCGAGGGAGGGAUCCAGGCAAAGAAGAACUCCUUGGCCUUCCGCCCCUUUGCAGCCCCCCGUUCCCUCCUCCGUGUCACUUUUGCGCGCGUGCGUGUGUAUGCUUAGCUUGCAAAACUCCAGCCCGGACGCCCCUAAUCAAACGCACAUGCCUCGGCAGCAGCAGCUUUUGCCUUCCCCUCGCGCUCCAGCCGUGCCAGCACCUCCGCCUCUUCUGCAAGGCUUGCAUAUUCCUGCUUCCACAGCCGCUCUGCAAACUUCCAAAGGGGUGGAGGAUCAAAAGAACACAUGGAUUAUCUUCUUCUUCUUCUUCUUCUUCUUCUUCUUCUUCUUCUUCUUCUUCUUCUUCUUCUUCUUCUUCUUCUUCUUCUUCUUUCAAAUGCAAGGGGUGCUGCCUCACCAGAGGGCAGAAGUCAGCUGCCUUUUAGACAGUUUUCCGAAACGCACGCGAGGUAGGUCUUAGCAGGCACGGUUUGCUAGAGCGGAAACGGAGCUCUUCUCUCCUUCCCCAUCCCUAGCAGAAAUAAUAUUUUUUUUAUUUAAAAAAAAAAUGUGCAAAUGCCCUGUCAAGCAACAAACCUUCCAUUUGAAUGAGGGUUUUGGUUUUUGUUCUGGGUUUUUGUUUGUUUGUUUUGCUCCAGCUUUCCUUCCCAUUUUGCAGAUCACAAAACUGAGGCAGGCUAUUAUCUGGAGUUCUCAAUUGCACACAUGUGCAGACUGAAAUUAAAGCAUCCUUUCAGAUGUUUGGUUAGGGUGGGCACUGCAGACAAACUGCCCCACCUAAAAAUUGAUAGGGGGAAGGGCUCAUUGGUACAGCAUCUCAGGGAGAGAGCACCUUUGUUGCAUGCAGAAGGUCCCAGGUUCAGUCCUCUCAAGCAUCUCCAGGUAGGCCUGGGAAUGCCCCCUGCCUGAAACCCUGGAGAACUGCUGCCAGUCCGUGUAGACAGAACUGAGCUAGAUUGACAGAUGGAACUGACUUGGUAUAAGUCAGCUUCCUAUGCUACUAUGUUCAUAAGAUUUAAACACACACAUACACACCAGACUUUUAACAUUUCUAAUACUACUGAGAUUUCAUUUUUAGAACAGGAAACUUUCUGGCAAGGAAGAAAGAUCAGUUAACAAUCUAAACUCUGCCUUCCUGACUGGAUGAGCUGUGUUCAUCCAAAAUGCUCCCUGAAUGGGAGGGAUCUUUCAAGAUCACUAUAAAUAAUACUUAUCUCAGUUAAGUCAUCCUGGAGGGAAAUAUCCCCUUGUAAUUACUGUGAUGUCUGUAGUCAUGGCAGGGGGCUUAAGAAUGGUGCUGAAAAGGGGUAACUUAAGAAAGUUAUUAUAUAAGGAAGGUGUACAUUAGCACAUAUUAUUGUUUUCCCGCUUAUGGUACCUUUCUAAAGGUAACAUGAUAAAUUAUAGGAACAAGACUAAAUGUAAUGUGGAAGGUCUGUUGAUAAGAUCUCUUUAUGUCUUCUUGUUUGGUUAAAAGCAACUGCUGGAGGAGGGGGAAUCUGGAUUGCAGGGUGGCGAAGAGGGACUACCCUUCACACCCACAAUCCACACCAUUUUCCCAUCUUAAAUAAAGAUGCGAACAAACAAAAAAGCGAAAGGGAGAUACAGGAACAACACAGGUCCCUGUAGUUAAUAACAAUGCCUGAUGGCAGCUGUCAAUCAGAGAGACUUCACAGCAGGGAAAGUUAAUCUCCUCCUCCUCCAUUGCUGCAACCCCGAUCCGAAUCCCACUCCCAUGGGUGCUUUUAACUGAAGAUAAAGGACUCUGAGAAAUCCAAUCACAGAGCUUCCACAUCACAUCCUGUUUGUCCCAUACGUAGCCUCUUGCCCUUAUCAAGCUUUCCGUUGGCCAGUGAAGGAAUUACUGGUUUUCAAGUUGUUUCUUUGAUGCUCCUGGAGAUGUAUCACCUCUACCACAUGUUCUGUACAACCAAUGGAGUGAUCCUGUGCAGGUCUACUCAAAAGAAAAGGUCCAUUGAGGACGUAUGCAGAAGAUUGCGGCCCACAGGAGCUAUUCAUCAUCUCUGAGUGCAGAAGGAACAACCGUGUCACUUGCUGUAAAGUAAUUUACCAUAUGUGCAAACAGGAAAUACCUAGAAAGAAGAGAGAGAGAGAGAAUUGUCUUCACAGAGGUGCUAUAUCAAUGCUUUCAGGUUUCAAAAACAUGACUGACAACCUCUCAUUACAAGAGAACAACACAUUUGGUAUUUUAAGGGGGCUUGAGAAGUUGGGUUGUAUAAACUCUUACAAUGGCGGGGUGGUACUCAACUAAGUCUUUACUUAGAGUAGACUGAAAUGAACAAACUUUUAAAUUAGUCUACUCUGAGUAAAAUCUUAGUUGAAUACCACCCCUACACUGUAAGACAUGGGUAGGCAAACUAAGGCCUGUGGGCCGGAUCAGGCCCAAUUGCCUUCUGGAUCUGGUCUGCGGACAGUCCGGGAACCACUGCAUGGAUCGCCAGCAUGCACGCUCUUUCCCUCUCCCUCCCUCUCCUUCACAGGGCAGCGGCGGCAGCAGCAGCAGCGGUGGCACCGGCGCCUCCUCCCUCCCUCCUGGCUUCUCCCCGCCCUGCCUAGAGAAGGAAGGGAGCUGGGCUUUGUUGGUGCCAGCAGCUGCACUUGAGCAGCUGCCAUUUUAAGCAGGCCCUCUCCAGAGCCCGUUCGUGCGCCGCUCAUUGUCCUGCCGCCACCGUCAGCCCCUGCCGCUCGCAAAACACAGGUAAGCAGCCAUGGGGGCUCAUGGUGCUCUUGCAUCAUUUCUUUUUUCAAAAUAUAGUUCAGCCCCUCACAAGGUCUGAGGUACAGUGGACCAGCCCCCUGCUGAAAAAGUUUGCUGACCCCUGCUGUAAGAGUUUAUCCAACCCAUCUCCUCAAACCCCCCAAAAUAUCAAGAAUGUUCCCUCAUGACUAGAGGCACUCAGCCAUGUUUUUGAAACCUGAAAGGACUGAUAUAGCACCUCUCUGAAGAGGAUUCGCUCUCGCUCUUCUUUCUUUCUGCUUGCUUGCCCUACCUUCUCCUUGCUUCUGAGGCAUUUUUAGUCACAGAGAAUCGUGGUCCAGAAACACCCUGUCCUUUCACAUCCUCUCGAUUUCAGUUGUCUUUGUGUUUCCUUCUCUUCUCUGCCAGGUCACUAUGGAAACCAUCCAAAUGCAAGUACCUUUGGUCUUCCUUGUACUCCCACUAUUUGUAUUUGGGGCGCCCGCUGAUGCGUCUGGCCCCCAAGAAGUCACCAUCACCUCGAGCAGUUGCAAACGUUGCUGUGAUUCCCUGGAUGCACCUGGCUCCUCUGAGGCCAGUCCCGACAGAAACAGUCCCCACUCCUUGCCAUAUAUUAUUCCAGAGGUGCGUCCAUAUAUCAACAUUACCAUUCUGAAGGGUAAGUGUAUAUUCAGCUGCUACUCCUCUCCCUUCAUUCUUUCCUUCCAGCUUUACCUCAGUGCCUAAAAUCAUAUUUUAAGCUUCCCAAUGGGCUGGGGGAUGUACUUGAAUUUUGCCUGUUACUUUGUAAACUUCCAUGUGAAGUGUCGUUACUAUAUACAGUGGUACCUCGGGUUACAUACACUUCAGGUUACAGACUCCGCUAACCCAGAAAUAGUACCUCGGGUUAAGAACUUUGCUUCAGGAUGAGAACAGAAAUCGUGCUCCGGCGGCGCAGCAGCAGCAGGAGGCCCCAUUAGCUAAAGUGGUACUUCAGGUUAAGAACAGUUUCAGGUUAAGAACAGACCUCCAGAACGAAUUAAGUAUGUAACCAGAGGUACCACUGUAUACACUUGUGUGUAUAUAACAUAUAUAGAAAUGUAAUUUGAGUGGUUAAUGUGCAAAGCAACUGGCCAUUGUGCACAUUUACCAGGCCUCAUGGAGAGCACAUAAUCCUUCCAUGAAGAGGAAAAUGUGUGCAUUUCCCGGUCAAUCAAUGGGGCUUGUUGGGGAUUAUGCAUGCUGGCCAGAGAAUGUACAAAAUCCAAUCAAGAUAUGCACAUUUUCCAAUGUCUGUUGGCAAUUAGGCAUAUUGACUAUGAAAAGUGCACAAUUUCCUCUUCAUGAAAGGAUUAUGGGUAGAAUUCAAUGUCACACUAAGGCCAUGUUCCAUCAGCCCAAGCUUUUCAGAUUGCCAGAUAAAACAAUCUCCUCCACCCCUGCACAGUGUUCAGGGUGUGCGUCUCCUGGCCAUCCAAAGCAGAACUGGGGAGGGUAUGGAGGGAGGAAAUGUUGGUGGGGGAAGCUAGUGGGAUUCACUGCCCUGGCUUUCCUAAGUGCAGCAACCCAAAUGAAUCUGACCCUAUGUGAACAUUCUCCAUAAGACCCGAUGAAUGUGCACAACGGUCAGUUGUUACACAUAUUAACCACUCAAUUCACAUUCCCCUGAAUAUGUACAAUAUGAUUGUGUGUGUGUGUGUGUGUGUGUGUGUGUGUGUGUGUGUGUAUCUAAGCCCAGUACAAGCUUGUUUGUAACUAAAGUUGCCCAUAAGUAACAUUCCUCAAUGCUGGGUAAGUUGCUCAUCUGUCUGUAGCAGAACCAUAAAAGUCCAAGGAAUGGCUCCAUUUGGUUAGAAAAGCCUGAAAUCAGUUCAGGCCCAAGACCAAAAGUUAUCCUCUUCAGGCCAAAUGUAAAGCAGACAGAGGUUGCCAGCCUGCAACUAAUUGAGGAAAGUCUGCCUAGUGGUAGCAUAUGUUUUACUUGGCUGCAGCCUCAUAUCUCUGAGGGCUUCCAAAGACUCUCCUUCUCCAGUUGUCCUUGCAUGUGGGACAUAGCUGCUGCUUUUGCCCCGCCUUCCGUCACAGAUCUUUCCCCACAGCCCACCUCCUUCACUGGCAGCUGUGUCGUCCUUUUAUCACGAUGACUGCCAAGGAUGCUGCAAAAUGCAUGGAAACACAUUGUAAGAGAGGGUUCCAAGCCCACCAACCAAACCAUGGGUAACCUAAGCCUUUGCUUUCUCUUUCUCUCUCUCCCGCCACAGGAGAUAAAGGAGAUCAAGGAGAACCUGGGAUUCCUGGGAAAUGGGGCAAAGAGGGGCCACCGGGUGAACGGGGAGCCCCGGGCCCAAAGGGCAGCAAAGGGCAGAUGGGUGCCCCUGGAGAUCCUUGCAAGCACCAGUACGCGGCCUUCUCGGUCGGCCGCAAGAAGGCGCUCCACAGCAGCGAAGGCUACCAGGCCUUGAUCUUUGACACGGUCUUCGUGAACCUCUACAGCCACUUUGACAUGUUCAAGGGCAAGUUCUACUGCUACGUGGCUGGCCUGUACUUCUUCAGCCUGAACGUCCACACCUGGAACUUCAAGGAGACCUACAUGCACGUCAUGCGGAAUGACCAGGAGGAGGUCAUCCUCUACGCCCAGCCCAGCGACCGCAGCAUCAUGCAGAGCCAAAGCCUGAUGCUGGAGCUGCGGGAGAACGAUGAGGUCUGGGUGCGCCUCUACAAGCGAGAGCGCGACAACGCCAUCUACAGUGACAACGUGGACAUCUACAUCACCUUCAGCGGCUACCUGAUCAAGCCCAGCCUUGAGUAGCUGCUUGCCUCUCAAGCACCUCCGCUGCCCUCCUAAGCAUUACUGUAACACUGCCUGUAAGCUGCUGCAAAUCAUUCACAGAAGGACUGGAAGCAUCCGAAGAAUGCGGGGCCAUUCGAGAAGACCAUUUCACUAGAAAAUUAAGAUGGAAGAAGGGGAAUGUUUUGCUGACCAAUUCAUAAGCCUGCUUGUUUUCAGACAAGAUCGUGAGGUUAGAGCUGGGCUUUCUAGGUUAUCUGAAAUCUUCACACCUGCUACCCCAGACAUUUCCCUCAUGGGAAUAUUGGUGCAUGGACUUGGAAAGUGGUCUUCCUUACCAGAAUGCCCUAAGUGCUCUUGUUGUACAUGAAGGACACAGUUGAAUUGAGCAGUCUCAAGUGAGUGACAUCUUCAUAUAAAUUCCAAGCUAAACACACCCCGGCAGCCACUAUUUUUGCACAAUGAGUGCCCUUGGUGCAAUGAGACCUUCCUCCCUCUUCUCCAAAAUCUGGUUGGGAGGGUCAGGAGAACCCCCAAAAAAGCUUAUGCAGAGAGGGGAGGCAAUUCUGCCUGGCAAGUAGAAAUGCUUUCUCUGAUGGAGCAAUUGCCAUAGCUCGACUCUGAAUCCCACCCAUUGUGUGCAUGCCAUGCUCGUCUCUGAACAGGUUUUUAGCUCUGUAGGCUGAAAUUUAGGUCUCUUCAGUAGGCUGUGCACACAAAGGUCAGAAUCCAGCCCACAAAUUGUGCAUGAGAUCAAUGGGGCUUACACAACUGUGAACUGGAUCGUAGCCUGUGAUUUUAGAGCUUGUCAGCUGAACAGUCAAGGUUUAAAAUAGGUGUGCAAAAGAUACAGGGAAGUGUAAAGAAAGGAAUGGUGCAAUUACCUUUUUGUAAACUUCUGUUUGCCAUUGCCGUGCAGGGACAUUUGCACAUAUGGGGAAUAUGGGCCUAGACUGGUGCCCAGUUAACUUUGAUGGUGCCUUAGGUGUUGAAGAAAUAAGUCAGCUCAGGCUGGGGCAAACAUCAGAGGAAAGAAGGCUUUUAGAGGGAACAUUUUUUCUGGUUCUCAUAAGUGAGACCUGCACCUAUGUACAGGCAAUGAUCAUUUUGCGUGGGGGUUGCUUUCAUGAUCCCCUCAUACACAUUGACAGAGCCCACUCCACCCCAUUAUAUCCCCACCCCCUUUUCCAGCCAUUUCCAGGUUGCAGUGAUGCACAUGUGCACAGUCAUGCAUGCUUUAAAGCGCCGUUGCCUCUACUACACUGUAGAGUGCUUUUGUUCAAGAUUCCAACUAGCCAGCCCUACCACUUUGAAGAUACUCCAUUCCAUGCCCUUAUUUCCUGCUUUUCCAUCCCACCCCUUCCAUCAGUUAGUCAGUAUUCUGUGCCCAUUGAGCAUACCCAGUCCUUAGGAUUUUUUCCUUUAAAAAAUGAGUACCUGUGCAAACCUUGGGUCCCACCCCCACCCCACCCCGACUCUCUGUAGCUAUCACUUUUUUGAGCAUUGCUCUUUGCUAUACAUCAUGAUCCAAACAAAGAUAAUGAAUUCACUAUUAAUAAUAUAUAACACAUUAAUCCUGGGUUGCUUUAAAAAAAUGAAAGUCAUAUUGCAGGCAGUGGCACAACACUGACUAGCUCCUAUUCCUGCAGGCAAUUCAUCAGGAAGCAGUCUGGGAUAGAGCAGGGAAUGGGUAGCUGUCCAUCAUAGGAAAGAGACCAUAGCUCAGUAGUAGAAAGCCCCAGGUUCAGUUCCCCAUGUCUACCUAAAAGUAUCUUAAGUAGCAGAGCUGGAGACACCUUGUCUGAAUCCUUGGGAAGCUGCUGUCCUGGAUUAGUCAGUCCUGGACUAGAUGGACUAACAGUAUGACUCGAGAGAAGAAAGCUUUAAUGUUCUUCAUCAGAAGAAGGAGUAGCAGAUGAUUUCUCUAUUCACCUUGUACUACCAUGUGGGCACGGUAGGUGGUUACCCCCCCCCCCCGUUCCUUGUCUUAUGCAUAUCCAGCAAGCUGCAGCCAGUUUAGAAGGUAGCAAAAGCAACAACCCUUUUCCACCCACUGGCAAGCUACUUUCACUCAUCCAGAACGCUGCUCCACCUGUUAUAUAGGGAUGAUGUUGCUGAUCACCCUCACAGGGAUUUUGCCAGGAUUGCAGAUAGCGCUGGGCAAUAUCUGGUUUUCAACAUCAUGAUAUAUCACCAGCUAAACACAAUGUCUGAAAUAAGGUUGGAGCUAUGUACAGGCAUUGGCUGGCUUCACGGUUUUUCCUGCAUUGUAAAUUUCAUAUAGCACACACAAACACAUCAUGAUUCAUGAUAUAUUGCCAGGUCAAAACUUAUGAAACCGAUAUCACAAUAUUGGUAUCAAUCCAGUUUUGGACAAUAUAUUGAUAAAUCGCCCAGCCCUAACUGCAGAGGUACUUUGUGUAAAGCACUCUGAAGUUUCUAAAGGGCUAUGUAGUUGGCAUAUGGCUGUGUGCAAUGUUUAGCUGCAACUUUUUAUGCACAAGCUGUGAAUCUGCACAUGCCCCACCAAGCGUACUCGCUGCCUCUCCCACUGCCAUGUGGCCAAGUGUGCAGAGACAGCAGAUAGGAAAGCAGAGCUCUCCUUCCAAGUUGACAGGUCUCUCAGGGGGCAAAGGGCUAUGUGGGGGCAGACAUUUUUGCUUUGACCCCCAUGGAGAGCCCUGCAGAGCAAGGUUAUGAGAAAGAGUCAGGAAAGGGGGCUUUCUUCAGAUGGGGAAGUCCGGGACUGAUUGGACAAGGAACCAAAUUCCUCCUCUCUGCAAGGCAUAAACGGAGAAACCAGCUGUUGUAUAUUUGCAACGCGUGGCGUCCCUGUGUCUCUCUAGGGAACAGCAGGAAUUUCUAGCACUGAAUCGCUUCCAGACCUGAGCUCUGAAUUCCUCGAGCCUCUGCUUCCAUUCCAAUGUCAGCAGAGCUCUCAAAUGUUCCUACGGAGAAGUUCUGCGUUUAAAGUCAAUAAGGCAAAGUGUGUGGUGUGUCGGUGUUUACUGCUUGCUUUUUGGUGCAAGAGGCUUCUGACUUUUAAAGAAGCUCCUUUGGUGCUAAACCAGGAUCCUGGAGAUUAAUUGGUGCUUAAUGAGAGAUAUAUUGCAGACAUAGUGGACUGUGGAAUUUAUGGUGCUUUAUAGAGAACCCAAAUCCCCCAACCAGAUUUCUUGUGUGUGUGUAUAUUUUCCUAAAUAUUAAAACUUCUUUAUUGCACUU